CAUUGUUUACGUAGUUCGAUCUCUAAGCAGAGCUUAGUUGAAUUAUUAUUUGUUUUUUUCUUUUAGAUUAUCCUUAUAUUUUUGAAUAGAUUGUUACCGAAAUGUUAAAGGUUUGUCAUGCAAUAGUUUUUGGCAAGCACACGGACCUAUAAAGACGUUGGAUGGCUUCCAAGUUGGAGAUUUAGCAAAGGUCAGUCAAUCUACUUAAUUCAAGAUGCCAGGGAAGAAAAAAGGAGGAAAGAAAAAGAAAGRUGGCAAGAAGAAAAAGGAAAAGAAAGGCUUGAAAGGACUUUUGAGUAUAGCAGAGCUGUUGAAGUCUGUGAGACAGCAGUAUGAGAUCAAGUGCAAGGAAAGCAAGAGUUUGGCCCAUCAAGAUGUUAAAAAACUGAUCAAUCAGUAUGCUGAGGACAACACUCUCUUGGCUAAGUUUAUUUUAACGCCUGGACCACCUGAGGAACCACCAGUAAAGAUAACACCUCUACUGUCUGCCCUUAGAAGUAUGAGAUAUGAAUAUGUCAAGGAAAUGUACAUCUGGGAUAUUCCACUGGAACAUGAAGAUGUUGCUUCCUUGGCUCUCUUUCUUGAGCAGCCCAUGUAUCCAGUUAGCUAUCUUGAGCUUAUGGACUGUUCAAUAAAUAGCUAUGCUAUAGAGAGAUUUGGCAGAUGCUUUAGGUUUAAUAAUUUGACAGCCUUGGUCUUGGAUUUCAACAAGGAUCUUUAUCUUGAUGGCAAUCAUCUGGGAUGUGAUGGAAUCAUUGAGUUAUUAAAGCUAUUUGCAGACAAGGCAGAAAUGGAAUCAAUUGAAAAGACUCAAGGGAUUUCUGAAACAGGCGAGCUAGUACCCCAGAAUACAUUGGGACUACCAAUAUCGUCAGCUAUGGGAUCCAUGUCAAGACCCACAUCCGGUGCAUCUGUUAAAAGUAAAGCUGGAAGCUCAAGUCCCAAAUCAGCUCGAUCUGGAACUGGCAAGAAAGGGAAAAAGGGAAAGAAGAAAAAAAGUGGCAAAAAGAAGAAAGAGCCACCACCCCCUCCCCCCGUCGGACCAUGGAUUCAGAAGCUCCAUCUGUUGGAUAAUGGAAUGGAUUCAUAUGGCAGUGCCUCGACUCUGGGUCCAAUCGUCUGCAUGAAGAUGUUUCGAACUUUGAUCACUCACUCCGAAGGCCUUCAAGAAAUAGAUAUUGAUGAUAAUCUUAUUGGAGAUCUUGGAGGAAGGGAGAUCUUGGAGGCUUUGAUGAACAGAAAAGAAGCUGGUUUAAAUUCCAUGAAAAUAAGUGUCACACAUCGCAUGAACAGCAUAACUUUCUCCACCAUCAUGAAACUUGGAGCUGGAUUAAAGAAGAAGGGGAAGAAAGGAAAGAAAGGAAAACCGGGAAAGAAGAGAGUAUGAUAGCACAAAAGAAACGUUUAGGAAUGGAAAUGAAAAAUGAACAAACAGAAAAUGAAAGGAAAGUAAGAAAAUGCGUGAAAGAGCAUCCAAUAUGAGUCAAUCUGCAGAAUUCCUUCAUAAACAAGAGUCCUGAACAGGCAUGAAAAUAUCCGAUUUUAUAAGAACUUCAUUUUAUUUGACUGUACAUAAUGUACAUAAGUUAUAAAUACAACGAUUGUUUUGUAAUUAUAGUACCAGCAUUAUUCUAAUUUCAAUACGUGCAAUAUUUUACAUCGUUAGUAGCCGCAUGAACUAUCCUAUACGGCUCAUAAAUAUAUCUUAAUCUGAUUCACUCUUAGCCUAACGAUGUAGGAACAGAAUAUUAGAAAUUCAUAUUAUUGAGUCCGUGAGAAAUGAAGACUGAUUUUAGCAAAGUGAUAGGAUUACAGCGGUAAUAAAAAAAAAAACGGAUAAAUACUCUUAAUAAAAAAUAAGAUUUGAUAAUUUAGAAUCCAAGUGGGUGUACUGGUACAAUAUGUUGUUGUUCAACAACCUGUGCUGAUAUUUGAGCCAUUCUUUCAUCCAUGCUGAGUUGAGUAUUAUCUUGUAGAGACUGUAGGUUUUGAAGGACGCGCUGAUAUGCCUGAGGAAGAACGAUAUUUAAUCAGAAUGAAGUGAAACGCUUUUCCAUCCAUUUAUCAUCAGAGUAUCUCCUUCUCUAGGUUCACUUUAUUGCUUAUAGUAGGAAUGUAACACCAGGGAUGGGAUAGGGUGAUAUAGUCAAGCAUGAACAUGAAAGUAUCCUAUUUUAUAAGGACCUUUUUUAUUUGGCUGUACAUAAUGUACAUAUAGGUUAUAAAUACAUCGAUUGUUUUGUAA